AUGGAGGAGCUGCACCAGCCGGGGGUGCAGCGCCCGGGGUCUGCAGAACCGCGCGACCCUCACUCCUGCAGGGCGCCCCUUCCGGCUCCAGCGGCGUCUUCUCCCGGCCACAGCCCGCUCGGUGCUCGGCGGCGUUUCCGCGUCUGCUCGGUCACGGGUCCCGCCUCUCCAGUCCCCACGCCGCCUCCACUCGGCUGUGCUCUCUCGCGCCGCCGCCGCAGUCUCUCCUUCGGGGCUCGGCUCCCUCCGCCAUUCCCCGUCGCUUUCGUCAUUGCUCGGCACUCUCCGCCAUUCCCCGUCGCUUUCGUCAUUGCUCGGCAAUCUCCGCCAUUCCCCGUCGCUUUCGUCAUUGCUCGGCAAUCUCCGCCAUUCCCCGUCUCUUUCGUCAUUGCUCGGCAAUCUCCGCCAUCUCCCCCGCUUUUCGUCAUUGUCCCACUACAUUCAAGUCUCCGACUCUCUCUAGCACUUCUCGUUCUUUGUCAUUCUCCGAGCAGCUCAGGCUCUCCUAGACGGAUUCCUGUCAGUCCGCCAUUCUCCGUCAUCAGCUUCGGCUCUUUCCGUUGCUCCGUUACUCUUCGUUUAUCUCCGUCAUUUUCCGUCAUUCUCCGAUUGGUCUCAGCCCUCUUCGUCUCCUUCCGUCACUUUCCUCUUGGUCAACCUCCGACGAUUUCCGUCCCGCCUCGUCACUUUCCGUCAGUCCUCGCCACUUGCCGUCCAUUUCCGCCACCCUCCGGCUGGGCUCGGCUCUUCUCCGCCAGGUGUCGUCGAUCUUCGUCACUGUCACUGUCACGACUCAGACCCGAGGCCCGACGGCGAAGGGGCGCAGCUCGGGGACCCGCUCCCGCCCCGCCGCCCCCUCCCGGCUCAGAGCCCCCCCAGCCGCCCCGCCCCGGGUGCCCCCCUCGGCCGCCCCCGCAGCCCCUCCCGAGGCCGCGUCUCCCCCGCGGGGUGACUGGGAAGGGAUCUGCCGGCGCGGGAAAGAGGGCAGAGAAGGGUGAAGUCAUCAGGGCUGCGGGAGGCCGCGUGGGGCCCGGGGGGCGCUUCGGCUUCUGUGGAAACGGCCGGAGAACGGGAGUCCAGGGGGCGGCUGAGGAGAAACGUUCCCCGGAGAGGCGGCUCCGAGGGCGUCGCCGGGGGCCGAGCGCGGCUGCCGCUUCCGGGGCGCACACGGGGCGAAGGGCGGCGCGGAGCGGAGGCCUCGCGGGCCCGGGGCGGCGACCCCCGGGGGAGGGAGAGGGGCGCGCUCGGCACCCCCACAUCCAAGGGAGGAGCGCAGUUGGCGGGUGGGUCAUGGGGGAGACCCCGACCCCGCCUCUCAGCGCCCAGCCCCGGCCCCUCCCCCUCCCCUCCCCCACCCCAAGCCCCGAGCUUCUGGGCUUGUGUUUGGACUUAUGUCACCUUAUGAAUGUUUAAAAUACUUAUUUAUUAACCAAGAAGAGAUUAUGAAAUGCAUAACAGCUUACUGUUUGGGAUUUUAUUUACUGACAUUUUCAAUAUUCAGUUUUGUGCCCAGAAAUUAUAUUUCUUGUCAUUUAUGACUUUGUGAUUUUAUUAGUUUGGCCUCCUUUAAAAAGCUUAAGAAAUUUCCCACAGGAUAUUUUCAAGAGUGAUGCCUUUAUUCUGGAUGUGAAAUAUUUAUUCUCCUUAACUCCGUUCCAAAAUGGUGAUCCUAAUAUAUGUUAAUUAAAUAGGCAUUGAAAUGUACAUCUAAAACCUAGUGUCAUCAUCUCUGAUAAUCGGUGCUAUAUAAUUGUUACACCACUUCCUGUGGAGAACCAAGCUUUUCAUGUCACUUAGACCAUGUCCGGGGUGGUGGCCUGGAACGCUGGGCCACAAGCCUGCAUGGAACGCCGUGUAGGCACGCCUUGUAAAGAUGUGUCUUGUGACUAUGACAGCAGCGUUAACCACUGACCCCAGAUUGUUCCUUCUUAUCUGCAGCAGGAUGUAAAGAUUAAUAUCUGAGAGACCCUAAAUGCUUUUGAUCACGUAGCGU